CUGUCAGACGAGAGGACUCGAUACCGAUGCGCUUGAAAGGAGUGAAGCAAAACCGCUUGUUGCGCUAUAAUUUUACACAAGAAGACGACAGGAAAUAUAGUUUUUUGUUGUUGUUGUGAUAUUUACUACCUAAUAUAGAUCUUUCGACGAAACAUAGGAGUGCAAUAACAGGCUAUAACCUCUGUCUUGCUCAUGCAUUGUGGUAAGCUAACCUGGGUAGCUCUGACUUAAGGGAUUGUUCCGUAACCUGAAAAACAAAUCGCUUCCCUUUUUUUGAAGAGGAAGAAGAGGAGGCGGGGGCCGCAUAGCUUCUUCUGUAUUUCAUUUGUCUGGGGUCUGUUUUUUUUUAUUCUGCAAACGGAGCUUAUCUGAAUCAGGCUACUUCGUCUAUCUUCAUAUUAGGACGACAGCGGCGGGUGUCGGAGAGGUGUGUGAGGAAGAGGCAACGUAGAGGAAGAGACAGGAAUGAUGAUGAUUGGUAAAUCGGUAAAAGACAUAGACAGAUAUCAAACUGUCCUCACUUCGCUACUGUCACUCGAGGAGAACAAAUUCUGCGCGGAUUGUAAAUCCAAAGGUCCCAGAUGGGCAUCAUGGAACCUGGGUAUAUUCAUCUGUAUCCGCUGUGCUGGGGUCCACAGGAACCUGGGGGUCCACAUCUCCAGGGUCAAGUCUGUCAACCUGGACCAAUGGACACAGGAACAGAUACAGUGUGUUCAGGAGAUGGGGAAUGCCAAGGCCAGACGACUCUAUGAAGCUUUCCUACCAGAAUGUUUCAUACGACCAGAGACUGACCAGUCAGCAGAGAUGUUCAUCAGGGACAAAUAUGAGAAGAAGAAGUACAUGGACAAGAUCCUAGAUGUCAACAGGCUUAGAAAAGAGAAGAGCUGUGAAAACAUCCCCAAGGAGCCAGUGGUGUUUGAGAAGAUGAAGUUGAAGAGAGAAAACAGCCCAAAGAUACAGACCCAGUCAUCGUCUAUCUCAGACCUCCUAGGACUUGAUGAUCCUGCUCCCCAUGCUGCUAUAUCCAAUGGUAGGUCCAGCUCUGGAGAGAGGGGGAGUCCUCUGGUGGCUAACCCAGCUACGGUGCACUCUGACCUGAAUCUAUUCAGUUCUCUGCCUGCCUUUUCCUCCACCAACACCACGCCGGUGGGUAGCUCCAUGCCCAGGGGUUGUGUGGCCGCGUCGGUACCCGAGAACGUCAGCCUGGUGCUGGACUCAGCACCCAGACAGGAGGGCUCUAGGACAAAGAUGUCUAAGGACUCCAUCCUCUCCCUCUAUGCAACCACACCCACAUCGCACCAGAACCUAGCUGCACGGGCUAGCCUAUACAUGAACCCAGCCCAGCUGGGCUACUACGGAUCAUACCAUUCCCUGGCCACGGAGGGGGGAGCGAUGGGAGGAGCCAUGGUGACAUCACACUCCAUGAUGGCCCUGAGUGGUCAGCAGCAGAACGGCAUGAUGGGAGGCCAACAGCAAAGCGUUAUGGGUUCUCAGCAGAAUGGAAUGGUGGCAUCACAACAGAAUGGCUUCAUGGCUCAACAGGAUGUCAUGGGGCAAGCAGUCAACACGUCCCCGUUCAUGGCAGGAGUGCCACACAGCAUGAUGAAUCAUCAGCAAAGCAUUAUGGGAGCUCAGCAGAGUGUUAUGAUGGGAGCUCAGCAGAGCGGCAUGAUGGGAGCUCAACAGAGCGGCAUGAUGGGAGCUCAGCAGUGCGGCAUGAUGGGAGUUCAGCAGAGCGGCAUGAUGGGAGCUCAGCAGAGAGGCAUGAUGGGCGCUCAGCAGAGAGGCAUGAUGGGAGCUCAGCAGAACGGCAUGAUGGGAGCUCAGCAGAACGGCAUGAUGGGAGUUCAGCAGAGCGGCAUGAUGGGAGUUCAGCAGAGCGGCAUGAUGGGAGCUCAGCAGAGCGGCAUGAUGGGAGCUCAGCAGAGCGGCAUGAUGGGAGCUCAGCAGAGCGGCAUGAUGGGAGUGCAACAUAACGGCAUCAUGGGAGCACAGCAACAAAGCAUCAUUGGACGUCAACAGAAAGGCAUGACGGGCGGAGUGGUGUCCGUGCCUCAGCAGGUACAGCAGGAUCAGUGCGCCAUCACUCAGAUGACCCAGCACAUGGCGGGGGUGAACUUCUACGGCACCAACGCCAUGACGGGAUACGGCAGUCAGCACACUGGCGGACCAAAGACUCAAAGCUCCAACCACAUGACAAAGUCUCACGUCUGGAAGUGAUGUCAUCACCCGAAGAGGAAGUUGAUGUCACUGAGCAGCAGUGGUGCUUGGAAGGUUUCGGGGACUUUUCGAAUGAACUUUCCAUCAGACAUUUUAGAUAACAUGGGAGGAGGAUGAGGGUGGGAAAUUUACUUAGGCGCGCUUUCGAUCUCUCCUCUCCUCUCCUCUCCUCUCCUCUCCUCUCCUCUCCUCUCCUCUCCUCUCCUCUCCUCUCCUCUCCUCUCCUCUCCUUAUUUCAGAGCCAUUUCCAUGCUUGCCUUCAGAUCAUUCUACGACCAAUCAAAGGACAGGGCUCAGAGUUGAAGACAUCACAGAGGUCAUACUGAACUGGGACCACAGCAUAGAAUACAUCUCAUAUCCAGUGUGCGUGUGCGUGUGUGCGUGUGUGUGUUGUUGUGUGUGCAUGCUUACUCAUCCAACUGAACUAUUCCUGGUGAACUCAUCCAACUGAACUAUUCCCGAAGAACUCAUCCAACUGAACUAUUCCUGAAGAACUCAUCCAACUGAACUAUUCCCGAAGAACUCAUCCAACUGAACUAUUCCUGGUGAACUCAUCCAACUGAACUAUUCCCGAAGAACUCAUCCAACUGAACUAUUCCUGGUGAACUCAUCCAACUGAACUAUUCCCGAAGAACUCAUCCAACUGAACUAU